AUGUCUGCAUCACCACCACCAUCAUCAUACCCCCGCCUCCCCUCCAAGCUGAUCCUCACUUCCACCAAGGCCUACUUCUCCCCGUCCCGCACCAUCACGUACCUUGCCUCCCUGCUCGACCCGGGGAACCACAUCCUCCCCCUUCUCCAACGCCACCGCGCCGACGUGCUCUUCGUGCUGAUCCCGGACUUUCUCACCAUUUACCCGUGCGCCCAGGCUCUGAGUAGCAGCAGCAGCAGCAGCACGACAGGGUUCAAUGAGUCCCCUGGGCCAGAGAGACAGGCUCUAGAUACGGCAGCGUCGGCCGCGUGGCCCAUCGCCCUGGGCGCCCAGAACGUCUACCCCUCGACCACCUACGGUGCGUACACGGGCGAGAUCGUCGUGCCCGGGCUCCAGGAGCUGGGAUGCUCGGUGGUCGAGCUCAACCACGCCGAACGCCGACGGUACCUGGGCGAGGACGACGCCACGGCCGCGAAGAAGGCGGCCGCCGUGUGCGCCGCGCACAUGGUGCCGCUGGUGUGCAUCGGCGAGCUGGACCGGCCCGACCUCCGCGGACCGCUGAGCCAGUCCGUCGGCGCCGCCGUGGCUCAGCUACGGCCGCAGAUCCAGAGCGUCUUGGCCGCCGUGCCGCACGACGCCCCUGUCAUCUUCGCCUACGAGCCCGUCUGGGCCAUCGGGGCUGCGGAGCCCGCCGGGGUCGAGUACGUCGGCCCCGUGGUCCAGGCCAUCCGCGAGCUCGCCAGGCAAGUCGUGCCCGAGAGAACGGCAGAGGUCAAGGUGGUGUAUGGGGGCAGCGCGGGUCCGGGGCUGUGGAGUGGGAAGACCAAUGGGGGAAACGGGCUGGGGAAAUGGGUCGAUGGGCUGUUCCUGGGGCGGUUCGCCCACGAGAUCUCGGGCGUGAGAGGAGUCGUGGAAGAAGUGGUCGAGAGUCUGGAAACACGGUGA